AUGGGUUUCUCAACGAUUUGGAAUUCUCAGUCGAAGAAGUAUGGCACUGGAUCUCGCACCUGGCGUGUGUUCGGGAAUUCCGAGGGGCUGAUCAGGAAGUAUGGUCUGAACUGCUGCAGACAGUAUUUCUGCAGCAAUGCCAAGGAGAUUGGAUUCAUCAAGUACCGUUAA